UUUCUCAAUGCGUUCAAUGAUCCGACUAAAAAUCAAUCCCCCAACUUUCUCGGAAACAAUCUCACUCUAGGGUUUUCAACUUUCACACAAAUUCAACAACUCUUCGUAAGAAAUUUGAGGUUACACAAUGCUUCUUCGAAGCGCUUCCACGCCGGUAUUGAAUUCAUGGUUACCGCACACGAAAGAGUCUUCGCCGGAGCCAGAAAUUGUCGUUCAUGUUCCCAAGGCUCGACUGGUUUCGAUGGCGUCAAUGUCGUCGUCUUCUUCGCUGUCUUCGAGCUCUGAUUCCGUGAAGAAGAUGACCAGAGCGGUGUCAGAGACCGACCUCAGAGAGCUCUCGGUUUUGAAAAAGAGGCCGUUCAAUAAGAGCUUGGGUGGGCUUUCGACGAUUGAGAUGGAAGAAGAGGAGGGAGAGGUGGGACCCGUUUCAAGAUCGGCGUCGUUGGAUCGGUUGCUGUUUUCGAGUAUUGGGUUGGAUGAAGCGGUGCACGAGGGCUGUGCAGUUAGGGAUAGGGAUGGGAAGGGAUUGGCGGGGCUUGCUGUGGGUGGUGGGGUUGGAGGCGGCGGUGGUCGGAUCGGUGGUGGUGGUGGUGGAGCAGGAGGUGGAUCGGACGGUGAUGGGAGUUCUGGUUUCUGGGAAUCCAAUCGUGGGAGCGAUAUUACGGACGUUUAUUAUCAGAACAUGAUUGAGGCAAAUCCUGGAAACGCUCUUCUUCUCGGCAAUUACGCGAGGUUCUUGAAAGAGGUACGAGGGGACUUUGUAAAGGCUGAAGAGUAUUGUAGCAGAGCAAUAUUGACGAAUCCUAGUGAUGGGAAUGUUCUGUCACUCUAUGCUGACUUGAUUUGGCAGACACAUAAGGAUGUGCAUCGUGCUGGGAGUUACUUUGAUCAAGCAGUUAAAGCUGCCCCUGAUGACUGUUAUGUUUUGGCUUCAUAUGCUCGGUUUCUUUGGGAUGCUGACGAAGAAGAUGAUGAAGUUGAAGCCGAUAGAAGUAAGGAAACCAGUAAUAUUAAUUUAUUACAAUCAAGUUUCUUUCAAGGAGCUACACCACCCCCUCCUUUAGCUGCUGCUUCUUAGGCCCUAUCAACAUCACCUGUUAAUUUAGGAGGACAAUUUUUUUUUCUUGACCUUUUCCUUAUAUUUUUUUUUUGUACCCUGGAUAGCUAUUUUCUUUUUGCUCCUGACAUGUAAGAAAGAAAUAAAUGGUAAUAUAAGAAAUUUUCAUCGCA